CAUUUUCUCAUUCUCACACCAUCUUUAGAAAACCGAGCAGAGAAGAAAAGAGCUUAACACCAUCGAAAUCAAUGGCGACGAGCGGACAACCAAAGCAACAACAGCAACAGAACAAAACGACAGAGAAGAGAAAGCCAGUGUUCGUAAAAGUGGACCAAUUAAAGCCAGGUACCAAUGGCCAUACCUUAAUCGCCAAGGUCUUGUCUUCUAACACCGUCCUUCAAAAAGACCGACCCGCUUCUCAAAAUCUCCGACAAAACCGAAUCGCCGAGUGUCUUAUCGGAGACGAGACCGGCACCAUCCUAUUCACUGCUCGUAACGAUCAAGUUGAGUUGAUGAAGCCUGGUAGUACUGUAAUUCUUCGUAAUGCAAAGAUCGAUAUGUUUAAGGGUUCCAUGAGGUUGGCUGUCGACAAAUGGGGCCGUAUCGAGGUCACCGACCCUGCUAACUUUGUUGUCAAAGAAGAUAACAAUCUAUCACUCAUCGAGUAUGAGUUGGUUAACGUUGUCGAAGAAUGAUAAGAGACAUGCAUGGACUUCCGCGAUUAGAUCCUGAAGGAGUUCUUAUCAUGUUGGCCUAAUGAUUCUUUCAUCUCCAUAGUGUCGUGGUGGUGCUGUUUCGGAACAAAUUUUCACUGCGAAAGUCUCAGGUUUGGUAUACAAAUGUUGCGGUUUGCUGCUCUUUAUGCCUUGUUCUUACAUCAAAUGGUUUAGUUAUGAAGAAAUACUAUUUCUAUCU